AGCGCGCUCUGUGUGGCCGCUGCCGCCAUGUUGUUGUGGUUGUGAGAAGGCGGCGGCGGCAGCGGCGGCGGCGGCGGAGCAGCCGGCGGAGACGCUCCAGCGGCCCAGGCGCUGGCCCCCGCCGACCCUGGCUGGCAGCCUCCUGGGGUGGCGGAGGAGGCCGUGCGGUGGCGGGCCUCGCCAUGUCCUGCCGCCUGAUUAUUUGAUCUGUGCAUUGAGGUGGAGUGAAAGAACGUGGACAACUGCUCCAGCUGCUUCUGUCCUCUGCGCCAGAAGAGCCACUGAACCUCGGCCUUGUCUCUACCUCGUCAGCACAGAUUUCCUUCUGAAACCCUGUAGAAGGAAAAGUUCUCAGGACGAUAUUCAUUUGGUCUCAAGCAGAAGAGAAAGAAGAGCCUUGUCAGAGACUGGAGAAGGACAGGGUCUCUCCUGACCUGGCCUGGUCAUGGAUGAAGAGAUGCGGCAUAGCCUUGAAUGCAUCCAGGCCAAUCAGAUCUUUCCCAGGAAGCAGUUGAUUCGAGAGGAUGAGAAUCUCCAGGUUCCUUUCCUUGAACUUCAUGGAGAGAGCACAGAGUACGUGGGCCGUGCUGAGGAUGCCAUCAUUGCCCUUUCUAAUUACAGACUUCACAUCAAGUUUAAAGAGUCUCUUGUUAAUGUUCCAUUACAGCUUAUAGAAAGCGUUGAAUGUCGUGAUAUAUUUCAGCUUCAUUUGACAUGCAAAGACUGCAAAGUUAUCAGGUGUCAGUUCCCAACCUUUGAGCAGUGUCAAGAUUGGCUUAAGAGAUUGAACAAUGCAAUCCGACCACCUGGUAAAAUAGAAGAUCUCUUCUCAUUUGCAUACCAUGCUUGGUGCAUGGAGGUCUACGCCAGUGAAAAGGAGCAGCAUGGAGACCUGUGCAGACCAGGGGAACAUGUAACGUCAAGGUUUAAGAAUGAAGUAGAGCGGAUGGGUUUUGAUAUGAACAAUGCCUGGAGGAUUUCCAACAUCAAUGAGAAAUACAAAUUAUGUGGUAGUUAUCCACAAGAGCUUAUAGUACCUGCUUGGAUCACCGAUAAAGAAUUGGAAAGUGUGGCAGGCUUCAGAUCCUGGAAGCGCAUCCCUGCUGUCAUCUACAGGCACCAGAGCAAUGGAGCUGUCAUUGCCCGCUGCGGACAACCAGAGGUUAGCUGGUGGGGCUGGCGCAAUGCUGAUGAUGAGCAUCUGGUACAGUCAGUGGCCAAAGCGUGUGCUUCCGACUCUCAGUCAAGUGUCAGCAAGGUUUCCACUCGGAACAGUUGUCGGGACUUUCCCAAUGCAGGGGAUCUUUCUGAUGUGGAGUUCGAUUCCUCUCUGUCGAAUACGUCAGGAGCAGAAAGUUUAGCUCUCCAGCCGCAGAAACUUUUGAUCUUGGAUGCACGCUCCUAUGCAGCAGCUGUGGCAAAUCGAGCCAAAGGAGGAGGCUGCGAGUGCCCAGAGUAUUAUCCAAACUGUGAAGUUGUGUUUAUGGGAAUGGCAAACAUACAUUCUAUCCGGAGGAGUUUCCAGUCUCUGCGGCUGCUGUGCACACAGAUGCCAGAUCCUGGAAAUUGGCUUUCUGCUCUUGAAAGUACAAAGUGGCUCCAUCACCUGUCUGUGCUUCUGAAGUCGGCCCUUCUCGUGGUGCAUGCUGUGGACCGUGAUCAACGACCAGUGCUAGUGCACUGUUCAGAUGGCUGGGAUCGAACUCCUCAGAUUGUGGCCCUAGCUAAGCUCCUGCUGGACCCAUAUUACCGAACCAUAGAGGGUUUCCAAGUCCUUGUGGAGAUGGAAUGGCUCGAUUUUGGCCAUAAGUUUGCUGACCGGUGUGGUCAUGGGGAGAACUCAGAUGAUCUGAAUGAACGUUGCCCAGUGUUUCUACAAUGGCUUGACUGUGUUCAUCAACUUCAGAGGCAAUUUCCUUGCUCUUUUGAGUUCAAUGAAGCAUUCCUUGUGAAGCUGGUACAGCAUACCUAUUCCUGUCUCUUUGGAACAUUCCUGUGCAACAACGCCAAAGAGAGAGGGGAAAAGCAGACUCAGGAACGGACGUGCUCUGUGUGGUCGCUUCUUCGAGCAGGCAACAAGGCUUUCAAAAACCUACUGUAUUCAUCUCAGUCAGAAGCAGUGCUCUACCCCGUGUGCCAUGUGCGGAAUCUGAUGCUGUGGAGCGCAGUGUACCUUCCCUGCCCAUCCCCGUCUACCCCAACAGAUGACAGCUGUGCACCAUACCCAGCUCCAGGCACCAGCCCUGAUGAGCCUCCACUGAGCCGACUACCCAAGACUAGAUCAUUUGACAAUCUGACCACAACCUGCGAAAAUAUGGUGCCACUGGCCAGCCGGCGCAGCAGUGACCCCAGCCUGAAUGAGAAGUGGCAGGAGCAUGGGCGCUCACUGGAGCUGAGCAGCUUUGCAGGCGCUGGAGAAGAGGUGCCUGCUAUGGACAGCCUGCGCAAGCCCAGCAGGCUGCUCGGAGGUGCUGAGCUGUCUGUGGCAGCUGGUGUGGCUGAAGGGCAGAUGGAGAACAUUUUGCAGGAGGCCACCAAAGAGGAGAGUGGGGUGGAAGAGUCUGCCCCCAGGGAGCACACUGAGGUGCCAAAGGUCAAAGAGGAGGCACCCCUAGCAAAAGAGAGUAAGAUGGUGGCCGAGGGCCCUGUUGUACUUUACCAAGAACCACAGCUGGAUGAUGCUACUUUAAGAAGCCAUCUAGGCUCCAGCCUGUCCUUCUUCUCCCAGGGUAUUCCUGAACAUCAGGAUGGGCACAGUGUUCUCUCUAGUUCACUCCAAGCUCCUUUCAGGGGAGAGGACUCCCAGGAGGUCCCUGUAGAACAGCCUCAAGUAGAGAAUAUUGCAGAGGACAGGGAGAAUGUAGCUCCUGCUGUCCCAGUAGAUGCAAAAGUUGUCCUUGGUACCUCACAGUCUAGUUCUCUGCUGCCUUCCCUAGUCCCAUUCGAGACAAGAGGACCACACAUAAACAACUCCGUGCACAUGUUACUAGAAGAUAAGGUGAAGUCAGAAAGUGGGCCCCAGCUCCAUCACAGACCUUGCCCGGCAAGCAGUGGAUUCAGUGGCAAGGACAUGCUUCCUGUAGCACCAGAGCCCAGGUCUGCUGAGAGGCCCCAUUGGGACUCUGUGCUACACAGGACUUCAUCCCCUGGCAACACCCUCAGCCUGAUGCAGGCUCCUUGUGCCUUGCCGUUAGAUAAAUGUAGGCAGGGAAUUGUGUGCAACGGUGCCCUAGAGACUGAAAACAAGGCCUCAGAACAGCCUGCAGGGUUUGACACCCUUCAGAAGCACCCCACACCCAAUGGGCAUUGUGCCAAUGGGGAAGCUGGGAGGAGCAAGGACUCACUGAGCCACCAGCUAUCUGUCACAAGCUGUAGCUCUGCUCACUUGUACUCAAGGAACUUGCACCAUAAGUGGCUGAAUAGCCACUCAGGGAGGCCAUCCACUACCAGCAGCCCUGACCAGCCUUCCCGCAGCCACCUGGAUGACGAUGGCAUGCCUGUGUACACGGACACAAUCCAGCAGCGCCUGCGACAGAUAGAGUCUGGUCACCAGCAGGAAGUGGAGACCUUGAAGAAACAAGUCCAGGAGUUGAAGAGUCGCCUGGAAAGCCAAUACCUGACCAGCUCUCUGCGCUUCAAUGGAGACUUUGGAGAUGAAGUGACUUCAAUCCCCGACUCGGAAAGCAAUCUGGAUCAGAACUGUUUGUCUCGCUGCAGCACAGAGAUUUUCUCUGAAGCCAGCUGGGAGCAGGUGGAUAAACAGGACACAGAGAUGACCCGUUGGCUACCUGACCACCUGGCUGCCCACUGCUAUGCCUGUGACAGUGCCUUCUGGCUCGCCAGUAGGAAACACCACUGCAGGAAUUGUGGGAAUGUAUUCUGCUCCAGUUGUUGUAACCAGAAGGUUCCGGUUCCUAGCCAGCAGCUCUUUGAACCCAGUCGAGUGUGCAAGUCUUGCUAUAGCAGCCUCCAUCCCACAAGCUCCAGCAUUGACCUUGAACUGGAUAAGCCUAUUGCUGCCACUUCAAACUGAAGCUCAGUGACCUGGGGUGGCAGAGGCCAUGCUGCUGUUCCUUUAAUGGGCUUAUACACAGCCGGGGCAGUCUGAGAGGCCCAUACAUUUUGGAAUGGGGGCAUGGAACAACCUGUACAGAGAUUGGGAUGUACCACUGGAUUGUAAAUUGAAUUUUGUUUCAUCUCCCCUUCCCUUUCCAUCCUCUUCUUUGCCUUCUAAAAAGAAAAAUGUCCCAGUUGUCUUAAUUUUUUUUAAUGGAAGCCCAGAGGUUGCCAGGCUCUGAGCUGCUUGCUGUCGGGUAUUCUAUGAGAUCACUCAAUGCUUCCCUGUGGAAGGAGCCAGAAUGAAGACCUGAGACAGCAAAACAGAAAGUCAGCCUAACAUUAGUGCCCAUUCUUCACAUCACAGCUAUGUCAGAGUUAACUGGUAAACUUUGCUGAUGGGAAGGCUGGAAGCCCUUUUCCUGAGAGGGAUAGGGCCACCCCAUCUCACAGACAAAAAGCAGGAUGGCACUGGGAGGAAGGCACACAGUGAGGUACUCCCCAAGCCUCACUUUGGAAAGAGAGGUGUGUGCUUCUUUUGAGUUACUGAGGAGCUAGAUGGCUGACAUGUUGACCAACGUGGAUCCCACCUUUAACAUGACCAAGAUUGGGUAGGGCUCUCUUUGCCUCCUUGGGCUUCCAGACCGAAAGGUACAGACUGACCAGAAAGCAGUAUCCUGCUGCAGUGGUCAAGGCCUGCUUGAGCUAGGCACGUGGGAGCCCUCUCGGGGCCCUAGUCCCACAAGCAAUCUCUUCCUCAGCCAACACAGGGAAAUCCAGACUCAGGGUUCCACAAGUCUCCUGUUCCCAAAGCAAACCAAUCAUGCAUCCUCCUUGAGGGACAGAAUCCCCACAGUUUCAAAGCUCUCCACACAAUCAGCCUUCCUCUUCUACUUCUGGGGCAGCAGGAAGGACCCAGGAGUCCCUUGUCCUGCUUCUGGCUGCCUGAGUGGGCACAUGUCUGACUCCUGCUAUCUAUCAGUAAAGAGCCCUCGGUGAUUGUAGGGUUCUUAGAAAAUGACAUGGCCUGGAGGAGAUUCAGGGUACCUUUCCUCAGUGAGCUUUGAUGUGGUCCAAAAAGAGCCUUAAACCAGUAGUUAUCUGUGGUGGAGGUGGGUAUGGGAAGGGUGGAGAGCAGUUUUGGUUUGUGCUUUGAAUUGUUGGCAUCUAUGUUUGUGCCCACCCCACUCCACAAGGGUGAUUCUUGGCUCUGCUAAAAGCUGCAAACUGGUAACAGAGCAGAACUGUUAACAGAACUGGGGGCUGGGUGAAGUUGGGGGACACCUCAGUUCUAGCCUGUUCUAUGUCCUUGCCCCUCCUCUCUGGAGCUGUUACCUGGCCAUGGGCCUUCUGUGUCUCAGGAAGGUGGCUUCUGCAUGUUCCUUAGUAUGAAUGCAAGAAGCCAGGAGCCUUCCCUAGUUUGCUGAAGGGAAGGCUGGAGUAUCCGAGUAUUGCUCAUCCCUCCAGGAGCAAGUCAGGCAGAGGCCAAGCUUAGUGAAACAGGGUGAAGUUCUCCAUGAUCACUGUGGUCUGGAGUUGCAGGUGGGCAAAGGUUGACAUAAUUGAAGAUUGUGCAGUUCCUAGUGACAGGUGCCAAGAGGUUAUGAUACGGGUUUCUUGGGUCUGUUGUACAGUGUGAAUAAAAGCUUGCAGCUCUUAGCCCUUUUUGAUCAAUGAAGCACUUUUUUAUUAAUAUUUUCUUUGUAUGUAAAGGAGGAACCGUAACUCUCCGUAGCUGUACAUAUAACCCUUUUCUCCUAAAGAGGAGUCAGUGCUCCUAUAUUUUUCAUUUUUUGUCAAAGCAAGAAGUAAAUACUUUAGAAUUGUUAAAUAUAUAGAUAAAGUGAAUAAAGUUGAGUGUCCGCACGGUG